AUGAACACUCAUAUAAAGUUGCUUGUUUGGAAUUGUCGGGGUGCGGCUAGUAAGGCUUUCUACAGAUACAGUAAACAAUAUAUGGAUUUGUACAAGCAUGACCUGUAUGUUGUGAUUGAAACAAGGAGUGACCCUAGUAAGCUUACUAAACCUAUGAAAAGAUUGGGGUUUGAUGACUGCAUCAGUAUGAAGAAUGUUGGCUAUUCAGGAGGCAUUUGUGUAGCUUGGAAGGCAGACAAGAUGGUGGUUAAUCUCUUGCAUAAGGAGACACAAUUUAUUCAUUGUCGGAUAAAAGAACAUGUUGUAAAGGAAUGGUUAUUUACCGCUAUUUAUGCUAGCCCAAAUGAUAGUAUUAGAGGUAUCCUUUGGGAUAAAAUCUGCAGCCUGUCUAAAGACAUGACGGAACCGUGGCUCUUGGCUGGUGAUUUUAAUGAUGUGGCUAGUAGUUUGGAUAAGAAGGGAGGUGCACCUGUUUCUCAUCGAAAGUGCAAGCUGUUUAUGGACAAAAUAAAUAACUGCAAGCUGGUUCACUUGGAGACUGCGGGACCUAAAUAUACAUGGAGAGGGUCGUUGUUGGAUCCACGACGGUCAGUGCAUUUACGAGAAGCUAGACAGAAUUUUGAGUAA